CUUGGCAAAGCAGCAGCAAAACUGUGUUCAUUUAAAUAUUUUAGGUACAUUGUCAGUACAGAGGCCUUGAACUGAUGUCUCUCCUCAAAACUCUACCUGCUUUUGCCCUCGCGACUCGUUGCAGCAAUAUUAGAGGUUUGUUUUGCUCCACUCGGCAUGGUUAUCAUCGGAGUGUACAAGCCCCGACCAAAACAAACGCACACGAGGAUCCUUCUCACAACAAUGACAAGAUCUCCAUUGACUUUGAACAAACAAAGGAAGCCUACAAAAGCAAAGACACUCUUGAGUUACUUAGAAGCUUGGUCGUUUUUAAACUGUGCUCAUAUGACAUCCUGGUUGAUAAGAACAAAGAGAUAAUCAACCUUAGCAGAAAGUUUUUUGGACAGAAGGUGUUUGAGCAAGUUAUGAAGAUGACAAUCUAUGGUCAGUUUGUGGCUGGUGAGGACCAUCAGUCCAUCAAACCUAUCGUGCAGAAGAACCAAGCAUAUGGUGUGGGUGCUGUGCUGGAUUACAGCGUGGAAGAAGAUCUCUCACAAGAAGAGGCUGAAAGGAAAGAGAUGGAAGAGAGGAAGUUCACAGCCCAUCAUAAGUUCGGCGAUCGCCGUGAAGGCGUGAUGAGCGCCCGUACAUAUUUCUAUGCUGAUGAGGCAAAAUGCGACCAACACAUGGAGACUUUCCUGAAAUGCAUCAAAGCAUCAGGUGGAAGUUCUGAAGAUGGUUUCUCAGCUAUUAAGAUGACAGCCCUGGGGCGCCCACAAUUCUUGCUCCAGCUCUCAGAGGUGCUGGUGAAAUGGAGACGUUUUUUUAGUUUCCUGGCUGCCAAGCAGGGGAAAGAUGGCGUGGAGGUGCUCGAGCAGAAACUGGAUCUCGAGCAAUUGCAGGCGUGUCUAGCCAGGCUCGGAGCUCAAGGCAACAUUCAGAGCUGGUUCUCUGAUGGACGUUCGCACUCAUCAGGCUCUGUUGACAUGUUGGACUGGAACAGUCUGAUUGAUGAGAGAACGAAGAUAUUUGAUCUUCUAGUUGUCCCGAACCUGCAGACUGGUCAGUUGGAGCCUCUUCUGUGUAAGUUCACUGAGGAAGAAGAGAAACAGAUGAAAAGAAUGAUUCAGCGAUUGGACGUCUUGGCUAAGCAUGCAGUGGAAAAUGGUGUCAGGUUGAUGGUGGAUGCAGAGCAGACGUAUUUCCAACCUGCGAUCAGCCGACUCACUGUAGAGAUGCAGAGGAUCUUCAAUAGAGACAAAUCUGUCAUAUUUAACACUUAUCAGUGCUACCUCAAAGAGGCAUUUGAUAAUGUCUCCAUGGAUGUUGAGCUGUCGAGGAGAGAGGGCUGGCAUUUCGGUGCUAAGUUGGUGAGGGGGGCUUACAUGUACCAGGAGAGAAGCCGAGCAGCAGAUAUUGGAUAUGAGGAUCCCAUCAAUCCAGACUAUGAAACCACAAACAUAAUGUACCACAGGUGUCUGGAUUACGUGUUGGAGGAGAUUGAACGGAACAAGAGAGCGAAUGUCAUGGUGGCAUCACACAAUCUAGACACGAUUAAACAUACACUUAGAAGGAUGAAUGAAAUGGGUCUGGCACCAACUGAUAAGAAGGUGUACUUCGGUCAGCUCCUGGGAAUGUGUGACCAGAUCAGCUUUCCAUUAGCUCAGGCAGGAUUCCCAGUGUACAAGUAUGUUCCGUUCGGUCCGGUGAACGAGGUGAUCCCGUACUUGUCCCGUCGGGCUCAGGAGAACCGCGGCAUUAUGAAAGGAGCCCAGAUGGAGAGAGACCUUCUGUGGAAAGAGCUCAUGCGCAGACUGACUAGUGGAGAGGUCUUCUACACACCCGCUUUAUAAAACACAUAUUUCACUUCUUAAAGUCUUCUGAUGAUUCUUUAAUCUCUCUCUUCACUUUCUGAAGAUAAAGAAAACGUCUCGGUUACUAUCGUAAUUUUGUUCCGUUGUGUCGAUGUAGUGACACUAGGGGUCGAUCUUGAGAGCCCGAGACACCUUCAGA